AUUAGAGUUUCGGCAGAUGUCGAGCGAAAGAGUCGUCGGUGUUGGCCGCGCCAGGAGCGCGCUGGCCGCGCCUCUUAUCACCUUAUCAGCCCUUAUCAUUUACCCAUCGCGAAACCGAUCGGCUAGUGCCAGUUGAUUUACGUGCAAAUACAAGUGAUUAACCGAUCAUGAUCCGCAUAUAUAUUGUGUUACAGUUUUUGUGUACUUCUCUACAUAUAGGCUUCAUCGCCGGACAAGUUGAUGACCAGUUACUCAACAAGCUGGUUUGUGUGGAUCAUGAUGAGUGUGGAUCGUGUUUGGCAGCCGCGGCUCAUUGUAGAUGGUGUGCGGAUCCAUACUAUAGGUCUUCGGCCCCAAGGUGCAAUGAUGAUGAGAGCCUGGUUGCGACAGGUUGCAGCCAAAGCAUGAUCCAAAGACCAGAAAAACCUGUAUGGGAGGUAACUGAAAACUAUACGCUUCAAGACAUAUCACCAGACAGUCAUGAAGCAGUUGUGCAAAUACAGCCACAAAAAAUAAGGCUAUCGUUAAAGCCACGUGAAAGCAAGAAAAUAAAAUUCUCCUUUAGACCGGCUAGAAACUACCCUUUAGAUUUAUAUUAUUUAAUGGACCUUACUUGGUCUAUGAAGGACGAUAAGGAGACUUUGGUAUCUUUGAGAGACGAUCUGCCGACCUUGAUAAAAAACUUGACGGACAAUUUUAGGAUAGGUUUUGGUAGUUUCGCUGAGAAGCCUAUAAUGCCCUUCAUAAGUGUCGACGCGCGGAGACGUGAAAAUCCUUGUACAGUGGAGGAACAGGCUUGUGAGGCAACUUAUAGUUAUAAACAUCACUUGUCAUUGACAAAUCAGGUGAACGAAUUUAUAAAAGAAGUGAACAGUAGUUCCGUAACAGCCAACCUGGAUAACGCCGAGGCUCAACUAGACGCUCUGGUACAGGCGAUAACAUGCGAUAAGCAGGUCGGCUGGUCGUCACACAGUCGGAAGAUUAUUAUACUGCUCUCCGAUGGCCUGCUUCACACUGCGGGUGACGGAAAAUUGGGCGGGGCGUCAAUCAAGAAUGAUGAAACUUGUCAUUUAGAUGAAAAUGGAUAUUACUCGGAAGCCGCUACUUAUGAUUAUCCGUCCAUAGCGCAAGUGUACAGAAUAUUAGAUAAAUACAAGGUAAACGUGAUUUUCGCUGUGACGGAAAACGUAAAGGCCCAUUACGAUAGCUUGCACCAACUGUUAAUUGAUUUCACUCGUGUGGCAAAGUUAGAGAGUGACAGCUCAAACAUUCUGAAGCUGGUCAAAAUGGGUUACGAAGAUAUCGUGAGCGUCGUUAACUUCGAAGACGACGCCGGUCCUGGACCGGUAAAGGUAAAAUACUUCACCGAUUGCGGAGUGAAAGGUUCGAUGGUUGAGGCGAAGCGUUGCACGGGCGUGGAGUACGGCAUGACACUUAACUUCGAGGCCCACGUCAGUUUGGAAUCUUGUCCCGAAUACAAAAAGUCAAAUCAGACUAUAAGAAUAUCAGAAACACAAUUGGGUGAGGAUACUUUGACGUUGGAGAUCCAGCUUCAGUGUGGUUGUAACUGCAAGAGUGAUCUGAUAGAGAACAUGGACCUCACAUGCCCGUCUAAUUCACAUCUCGUGUGCGGCGUCUGUCAGUGUAAUAAGGGAUGGUCUGGUCCAUUAUGCGACUGUUCAAUAGAAGAUGAAGCGGCCUCAGCGGCGUUGUUGUCUCAGUGUAAGGAGCCCAACGCUACCCGGGCUAUAGCUUGUUCAGGGGCCGGCGACUGUCUCUGUGGGAAAUGUCAAUGUGACAACGGUUUCAACGGCAAGUACUGUCAGUGCAAGUCGUGCGAAGUUAGUAUAAUAAACCGUUUGGAAUGUGGUGGUGCUGAGCAUGGUGUGUGUGCUUGUGGGAAAUGUGCCUGCGUCGCCGGCUGGAGCGGGGAAGCCUGCGACUGUACACUCGACACGGACCUGUGUAUAGCACCAGGCCGGGAGGAUGUGUGUUCAGGAAACGGAGAUUGCGUCUGUGGUCGUUGUCAAUGCAACAGGUUAGAGGACGGGACACUAUUUUCAGGCGCAUUCUGUGAGACUUGCGAGACUUGUGAGAACCCGCUCUGUGCGAAUGCGGAGGCCUGUGUUCUGUGCCACUUGGACAGCAAUUGCACAGACGCAUGUUCAAUUGGCAAUAUGAAUUACACUGUCAGCGAGAGACUGAAUGAAGUGACCAGGAAUAGCGAUGAUGCAUCUUGUAUUCUGCGACGCGAGGAAGACGGUCUGGAAUGCGAAUACCAAUAUACAUACAAAGCUGGCGUCCAAUCCAUGAUAGCCAUGGAAAUAGUCAUCAGGGACAGGCUAUGCUACCAACCCACCAGUGCUAAAAUAAUGACGAGCUCGCUGAUCAUAAUGGGCUGUGUCAUACUCGCCGGUUUAAUAGUAAUCAUGGCGGUGAAAAUUGCCCAGGUCUUGUCCGAUAGACGAGCAUACGCCAAAUUUUUACAAGAGGCCCAAGAAAGUAGGAAGAAUAUGCAAGAAUUGAAUCCCAUAUAUAAAUCACCGAUAUCUGAAUUCAAGUUACCAGAAUCCUAUCCGAGAGAUCGGGCUGAUUUAUAGGUUAUUUUUAUUUAGUUUUAACUGAAUUCGUUUUCAUUAAAUAGGGAACGAAUUAGAGAUAUAGAAAUGUGGCAUUAUGUACUUACCUCAGAAUAAUAUAGAGUACAAUUUUCUUUGACUAAGAUUCUUGAUUUUCAAGUGUAUAACUCUUGUAAAUAAAACUUUAUUAAUUUAUAAUACCCAAUAUAUUAUGAUAAUCAAUAAAAAAUAAUUUUAACCUAAAAUGAACCGUUAAAACGCUAGUCUCUGUAAUAUGUUUAAGGUUUUAAAGACUUGUUAUUUUUAUACGACAAUCGCAUGUUGAGGUCGGCUAUUAAGUUUGAUAAGACGAUUUUUAAAUAUGGAAUAAAACAAAAAAAUAUAACUUUUUCAUAUGUUUAUUAAUUGACUUACAUAUUUCGUUUCUUCUAACGUGUUGAUCGAUAUUGAGAAAGUGUUGUCAUAUCUAAAUAGUGUGUUAUUAUUUUAGAAUGGCAAUACACUAUUUUGUCAGCUAUUAUUUGACAUUGACAGAUGGGUUGGAAGAUACAUUUUUUAUUAUCUACGUGAACUUGUCUUUCUUUCUUUCUGUCUUUUUAAUUGUAUAGACAAUAUAAUACAUAUAACAGUACAUCGUAAUUUUCCGAUCAUAUGUAUAUUUUGUAUAUAUGUAUAGUAUAAAAUUUUAUUCUUUUCAUUUAAUAAGAUUUACUUUACAAAAUUUCCAGAACUGUUGAAUACUAAACUUAUUUCUCACAACAACACCUCUCCAAGUUAUACUUGAGCAAUUUCGCGAAACCUUAACCUUUUUAUGAAUUGAGGUUAUUAACGAGGUAUUUCAUAAAACUACUAGUCGGUUAGUAAAAUAUAAUGAAGACUUCAAACGUAGAAUGUAUACGAUAUAUAUACAUAUACACACAUAUAUAUAUAAUUCGUAAGUAAGUAACAGUAAGAUACUUUGCAUAUCUAUCACAAUAACGGAUGUUAUAUUAUUUUCUAUACCCACAAAGAUAUCGAAAAACCAUCAUAAACCAUAAAUUUAUUUCACUUAAAAAGAAGACAUACCCUUUUUACACUAAUGAUCACAUCCACGACAAUUGCAUCUUAUGUGACUAAAAAAAUAUGCUAUUUAAGCAAAAUUUAUCAUAUACGAAAUAUUUAAUCCUUUGAGGUUUAAAUAUUUAUUUUAUAUCAAGUAUUUAAUUUAUGUUUAUCGAAAAACCAAAUACCAUUAAAAAAAAAAAAUCAUAAUUUUAGAUUAAUGCACGGAUAUGUUUUAUACACGACAUAAUCUAUUCGAUAUUAAAAAUUUACCAGAACGUUAAAUUUUAUAAAUCUCUAUAUAUAUUUACAUAGAAAUAACGCUAUACAUACUGUGUAAGGCUUUUUUAAGGCAAUCACGAUUAAGGCAACUUUGUUUUCCAUAAUUUGCUUUACCAUAUAAUAUUGCUUAUAUUUUUACAGUGCCGCUUUAAAUCCAAUGUUGGUGAUAUUGUUACAAAUUAUAAUAGAUAUCUGGGUCGGCCAAA